ACUGUCAAUCAAAGCCCCCUAGGUUUCGACUCGAGCCUGCGGUUCAGUACAGUUUGUUGUGGACUGAAAUGCUCGCUACGGCGUACUCCGCCACAGUUAGUAACUAAACGCCCAGCUGAAAUGGACAUGGAAGAGAAGCCAAAAUACGGAGAGCCCAAAAAAUUCGACCCCAACUUCAAAGGACCCAUCCAUAACAGAGGAUGCACAGACAUUAUUUGCUGUAUCUUCUUCAUCGUGGCCAUAGUGGGCUAUGUCGCGGUGGGAAUACUGGCCUGGACCCACGGUGACCCGAGGAAGGUGAUCUACCCUACAGACAGCAUGGGACAGUACUGUGGCCAGGGUAAACUGGAGAAGCAGCCCUUGUUGUUCUACUUCAACAUGAUGAAGUGUGCCAGUCCCAUGGUCCUCCUGGAGUUCCAGUGUCCCACGCCUCAGGUGUGUGUAGAAAAAUGUCCCGAUCAGACUUUAACUCUGGUGACCGCCUUUCAAAAAACAAAAGACUGGGAAUAUUACAAAAGCUAUUGCAGAGCAGACCCAGGGACUAAAUCUGUGCCGCAAAUUUUACAAGAAAAACUGUGCCCUGCAUAUCUGAUUUCCAGCAAGCCAUUUUUGCAAAGAUGUUUUCCAUCUAUAGGCAAAAAGGGGGAUGUCAUCACAGUGGGCGAUCAAGAAACGUUUGAUGAUGGAAAGACAAUAAGAGAAGCAAAAGACCUGUUGGCUGGCAUGAAGAAUGCAACGGUAGUCAUGGAAGGUCGUCAAGUUGCAAUGAAGAUCUUUGAGGAUUACACAAAGUCUUGGUACUGGAUUCUAAUUUGUUUGGUGAUCGCUGUGGUGCUGAGUCUGAUCUUCAUCGUUCUCCUGCGUUUUCUGGCUGGAGUCAUGGUCUGGGUCAUGAUCCUCAUGGUCAUCAUUGUCGUUGCCUGUGGCAUUGCUUACUGCAGCAUAAAGUACGUUAAUCUGAAGGACACGCCUGGUUCUAACAUCACCCUGCAGCAGCUGGGCUUCCAGCCUGAUUUCUCCGUGUACCUGCACAUCAGACAGACCUGGCUGGCCUUCAUCAUCAUCUUGGCCAUUUUGGAGUUCAUCAUCAUCCUGCUCCUCAUCUUCCUCAGGAACCGAAUCAGGGUCGCUGUUGAGCUCAUGAAGGAGGCCAGCAGGGCUGUCGGUUAUGUGAUGUCUUCUCUGUUUUACCCUAUUUUUACCUUCUUCCUCCUGACCAUAGUCAUCGCGUACUGGGGCAUCACUGCAGUUUUCCUCUCUACCUCCAGUGAACCUGUUUAUAAGGUUUUCAAUGAAACCGUUUGUUCACAUGCUAGACAAACCUGCAACCCUGAGAACUACACUCUCUCUGCUAUGAAGACAGACUGUCCGCAGUCCGAGUGCCUGUUUGCUUUCUAUGGUGGGGAAACACCAUAUCACAAAUACCUGAUCUUGCUCCAGUUCUACAACGUCUUCCUGUUCUUCUGGUGUGCAAACUUUGUCACUGCUCUGGGUCAGAUGACUCUGGCUGGGGCGUUUGCAUCCUACUACUGGGCUCCUAACAAACCCGGUGACAUGCCUGCAUUCCCGCUGUGUUCCUCUCUGGGCAGAUCCCUCAGAUAUCACACAGGCUCUCUGGCGUUCGGUUCUCUCAUCCUCGCCAUCGUCCAGGUUAUAAGGGUUCUGCUGGAGUAUAUUGACCACAAACUCAAGGGAGCAGAGAAUAAAUUUGCCAAGUUCUUGUUGUGCUGUUUGAAAUGCUGCUUCUGGUGCCUGGAGAAGUGCAUCAAGUUCAUAAACAGGAACGCGUAUAUUAUGGUGGCCAUAUACGGUAAAAACUUCUGCCGGUCAGCACGUGAUGCCUUCUUCCUCCUCAUGAGAAAUGUAAUCAGGGUGGUAGUCCUGGAUAAAGUCACUGAUUUCAUCUUAUUCCUUGGAAAACUCCUUAUCGUGGGGCUUGUGGGGAUCUUCGCUUUCUUUUUCUUCUCAGGACAGACAGAUGCGUUUAAGGGCGCUGCACCCAGUCUCCAUUACUACUGGGUUCCUAUUUUGACUGUGUUGGUGGGCACCUACCUCAUUGCCCAUGGGUUUUUCAGCGUUUACGCCAUGUGUGUGGACACACUCUUCCUCUGCUUCUGUGAAGAUCUUGAGCGCAAUGACGGCUCUGCAGCACGGCCGUAUUGCAUGACCACAGAGCUGUGCGACAUCCUGAUGAAGGACGCGGAUGGGGCUCGGACGCCUGCUUCACGUGACCAGACGAUGCAGCUGACCGCUCCCGACAAAACAGUGGAUAACUGAAGGAAAUUUGUAAUUAUAUGUGGAAAAUAAUCAUAUUCAGUGCAAUUUUUAGAGACCGAAUGGCCAUAAGGGUCAGUCAUACUCGCGGUUCUUUGAGUCUUUUAAUAAGGGAAUAAAUAGGCAGUCAGGGAAAACAUAAAAAUGCAUUCACAAGCUAUUUAUUUUUAAAUGAAUUGGGAUGUUAAAUCGUAAAAUGUUUACUUUAUGAUAAGGUUACAUUUGUUAGCUUGCUUAAAGCUGCAGUUCAUAAGUUUUGGCACCUUUCCGCCAUCCACCGUAAGUUUGCAGACUUGUCUGUCUCCGUUCCAGUCUGGUGAGCUUAUUUAGGAAUCAGAUUCUAGCCUACGUCUUGAAAUAUAUGACCCAAAUAAGAAACAAGUCUGCCAUGUUUGUUCUGACCAAGCGGCGGUCUCUCUUGUGAAAGUGACAAAAACUGGCUCCAAAAGAGUCAGUCCUGUGUCCAACUUUACAGCAGAGAAAAAUGUUUACAGCCUGGUUUUGGCCAGUGAUGUAACAAUCUGGUUGCUCAUCACAGCAAAUCGCAAACUAUUAUUGUUGUUAAACUUUUUAUUUUUCUCAAAUUAUUAAUGUUAAUAACUUCGGCAUUGCGUAUAAUGUUUUGUGAUUUCGGUACAAUCUCUAACUGUCAUACCAUUCACAUUUCAUAUUAAGAAAUCCUUUUAACCCGAAAAGCAAACUGUGCUCCCUUCGAACUGGUUCACUUUUAAAAUACAAACCUUGCGUAAACAGACGCACAUUUAAAACUUAAUUUAAUUCAAAUGCGUUUCAUGGAGGCACAGUCACUUUUGGAUUGCUGUUUGCCAUCAAAAUGAUUAAAAUGAAUUAUUCUAGCUGCUGUGAGGAAAAGGCUUAAUGAUUUUUGGAUAAUUUUUAACCCAAAAAAGUUACAGACUGCAGCUUUAACCGCUUGAUCACAUUAACCAACUAUAAAAAAUGCCUCCAAAGCAUUUCUUUAUUAGAACAAUGUUAAGACCAACAAACUAAUACUCAUUGAAAUCAAUUUUAAUAUGUGAACAUUAAUAAACAUCAACUUAAAACGAACGUUAACAAAGAUUAAGUGAUUCUCUAACAAAUGUAACUCGCUGGUUUACCUCAAUUCAUUUAGAAACUUGCGUAACUUUAUUGUCAAGUGUAUUAAAACUGUAAAAUAACGCAUGAUGAAAAGUGUUUUUAUCAAAGUUGCACUUAUGGACAGUAUGAAUGUGUAUUAAGAAAGCAAGCAGAUAAGGUCAGUGUUGAUUUCAUGUUCAUUUUUAAGUGAGUGCCUUCUGCUUUUGCGUGUUCAUCUGCUCAGCGGCACAACUUGUUAGUUGAAAAGGAUGUAUUGUUUUUAUACAAUCGUUUGGCUGUUUUACGUCAAAGUUUUAGAUUUUUGGUGUUUUAGUUGUCUGCGCUGUCAGAUGAGCAAUGCAUUUUGUCCUUUUUGAGUUCUGUCAUGGACAAACAUCUCAAAUUAAGAGCAACACCAAUGCUGCUAUUGAUCUAAGUGUCACGCAGCUGACAUCAAUGCUGCAUUUCCUCCGGUUUUUAAGCCGUAGCUUUGAAUGCACUUUAAGGUUGUCUGUUGUUUUUGGUAGCAAUUUUCAACCUACGUACUUUGGGUAAACACCUUGUUGCCUUCUUGGGAAGCCUUUAACUUUUGUCUUCUGUCUUUUCACUAUCUCUUAGGUGGUUUGCUGCUUAAUGCGACAGUCUUUGUUUUUAAGUCUUUAAUAAAUUAUGCCAAAAGAUGCAUUUGUUAUUUAGGUCUGACUCGUGUUUGUUGAGCGCAUGCAUGCCACUUUCCAUUCCUCUAGUGUGCUAGCUAAAGGUAAGCCACGGGUUUGUUCCUCAACAUCUCUUUUCGCAUUUAUCACAGUGGAGGACCUGGAGAGGAACGACGGCAGCCCAGAACGACCCUAUCUGAUGUCUGAGAACCUUCUCAAUGUUUUGAAGAAGAAGAACCAGGCUAACUAGCCCUCAGUGAUGGUCAGGGUUAUAUACGUGUGCCUGAAGCCAUUUUCAUUGCCGUAUUUUCCAUGCCUUAGAGAUCCAGACAGUCCUGCUAAUUAUGAAGCGCAUCAGUGAUUGACCUGAGCAUCUCAGCCAUAUGUUAGGAUUUAAAACGAGGUCAAAUACCACCCCCAGAGGUCUUUAGUUUUAUUGAACGACAUUUUCAUUUAGCGUAGUCUUUAUAUUUAUGUUUUUUAUGACAACACCGUGUUGUCUAUUGUGCUGUAGGACAAGUUUGUAAAAAAACGUUUUCUUUGAGCGCAGAAUCGAUCGUAAACAAUGCUUAGCUUUGGUUAUCCGUUAAUUUCCAGAUUAUGGCCCUGUGUAUAUUGUGAUGAGAAGUGCCUGUGUGUAGCCUAGGUUAAAAAAACUGUAUAAGACUCGACUUUAACCGUGUUUUUAAGUUUAUUCAAGUGUUUUAAGUGUUUUGUUACAAGUUGGUACGCCUCAAUAAAUGGUAAAUAAAAACUUUUCUACAA